AUGGCUGGGCGAGGCAAGGGGGCGCAAGGCCUCGGACAAGGUGGCACCAAAUGUUACCGCAAGAUUCUCCGUGAUAACAUUCAAGGCAUCACUAGGCCUGCGAUUCGGAGGUUGGCUCACGAAUGUCGGCACUCGUAUACCAUGAAACGCAAGCUGUGCUGA